CCCCCCCCCCGCCCCCCCCCCCCCCCCACCCCGCGCCCCCCCCCCCCCCCCCCCAACUCUGUGAGAAGUCCAUAGUCGAUUAGUAUCUUCAUAUAGUUUUUGUUUCUCAAAAAAUAAAACAGAAUCUGAACAUAGCUAGCAGUUCGGUGACUGUAAAAGAAUAUAUUGUCACAUUGCUAAGAUUCGUCUUUUAAGGAAACAAAACUACAUAACGAUGCUAAAUCGACUAUGCGCUACAAUCCUGAUUACCAUAGUUAUUUCCGCUUUAGCAAUAUUAGAAUAUUUACCUCUGUGCCCUCCUUUUAGGAUGAUAGAAAAAGAAAGUGCGUAGAUAAUGUUUGUGCUGUGCAAUUACUAAUUGACCCAGAAGUCUACCUUGGCAAUUUUAGCUCUUCUAAACUUCUGAAACAAAAUUUUAUUUUUUCUAAUGGUCUAGUAGGGUAUUUUUCGAUACUUCGAAAAGAAUUGUGGCCUCUUAAGUAAGCCGGCGAGGAGUUUCGCUCGAACUGUUAGACUGUCCGGUUCGUGACAACAGAUCAUUGGUUCGAGAAAAGAAUUUGAGACCGAUCCAUAUGGCUGUUUCGACAAGAUGCAAAACUUUAGUUUUCCAUUUCGAUAGCAGCUGAUUUUCUUUUUUUGUGUUUGCAAACAUCUUUAUCCAGAGAAGAUCGAUGAUUCAUUCACACAAAAAACAAUUUCUACUUUAAUCAAAGAUUUUUGUCAUUUUUCAACGAAAAAACCACAUUCAUCAAAAUAUUAGGGAACAGAAAGUGCGUUUCUGAAUGAACAAAGUUGUCAUAUACUUUCUCUUCGCUAAUACUUUGGUAAACGCCUUUUUUUUGCUUAAAAACUCAGAAACGUUUGAUUAAACUGUUAUUUUUAAGCAUCUACCGAGUUGGGGACGAGUACUACUGUAACAUUUAGAUGUCUAACCUCCUAAUCUCGCAGUUCUUUUGUUUGUAUCUUCACUCGCCUAAGGGAACUUACUAAGUCAGGUGUCUGUGUACGCCCAUAUGGUCACAACUUAGAAAUUCGGUUCAAACAUCGAAUUCUAUUGAAAACCUGUCUUGUUCUCGAAAAUAAUUUAUUCAGCAGAAGAGUCUGAAAUAGAUUCGUGAAGAUUCACUCGUGUAAGAUUCACAUCUACAGGUUAAACGAUUACCUCCAUUCACAGAAUUUCUGCAAGGAGUCAAAGGGAAUCGUCUACAACGCACAAAGAACUCGAAGAUAGAUCGGACUCUUCCGUGACACUUAUAGGAGUGAAUAUUGUAAACAAAGCUUUUAGAACAGAAGAUAUAACCCUAUGGUAUCUAUUUCGUUCAUAUAUUGUCGAUCUCUAUGGUCAACUGGAAAGCGUCCACAGGAAACAGACUUCCACGCAACCUGAACCACUGCAUUUUCCGUUAAUCUUUUUGGAAGGAGGAAGGAAAGUGAGGAGAGAAAGAAGGAAGGAUAAGAACGACUACUUACUGGCUCUACCAGCUAUUAUCUAUAUUUUCUGAAUUAUCUAUGUUUCUCUUGAUGAAUGUAGUGGUAAUACAGUGUUCACGUAAAACGUACGUAAAAGUCUAUAUUGUCUAUUGCUUUUCCAUGUUCAGAAAGAGAAACAAAAUAAAACAGAACGAAAAAGUGAUAUUAUGAACAGAAUGAAAGAAACAUGGUACUCUUUGAAGUUCAAUGAUGAAUGCGAUGAACUAUACCGUUGAAUAUAGUGAAAAUCAAAGAGGAGCUCAAAGAAACCCAUAUCUGGAAGCACCCCGACGAGAUCAAUGCAUCUUACAACGUUCCUCAUUGCGCUGAUUCCGAACAUCUAAAUUUCAAAAUUUCCGUUUCCCUAGAAAAAAAGCAUCAGAUUUUGAUAUGAUGUGACUAUAGAGACAAACGUUUUGUCUCUAUAGUCACAUCAAAUCAAAAUCAUCACUAAUGAAAUUGACGAUUCAUCACUCACAUAAUUGUAAUAAAAAAGUGUUCUAUAUAAUGAUUGUAUGAGCUCAGUUCACCAUACUCAACUACAUGAAUCUUUCUCAACCGUACAAUAUUUGUUUAAACAGUAUUUUUAAUGAAUGUAAAUGCGGAUCAGCAACACACCUUCCUCCAUUCACUCCUAUAUACGACGGACAUUGCCACUUCGACGACAUUGAAAAUACAAAUUUUCUCUCAGAAAUGAAAGCUUCUUCAAUUCGACGCUUUGUACUAGUUUCCAACAAACAUAUUCCCGAUAAUUGGUUAAAAUUAUCGGAUAUCUCAUGUAAUCAUAACGUAUUAAUCCACGAAACUUUUGGCAUUCAUCCGAAAUAUUUUUCCAAAUUUAAUUACCGCGAACAACUUCAGAAUCUUCAAAAUAUUUUGAUCAGCGGACACAGCACGUUGGAUCGUUUAUUCGUUGGUAACAGCGAGUGCGGUCUCGAUUGUACAAGUACAGACAACGAGACUUUAACGAUCAGAUGUUCGUGUUUUCCAACCAAGUUAUUUUGGCUAAUCGUUUCGGAUUGCCAUUAGUUCUACAUUGUAGAGGUGAGUUUAAUUUAUAAUUACAGCAUUUCGGAUAAUACUUCUGUUAUUCUUUUGCAGGUAGAGAGUAUUUUCCCCCCAUGCUAUCGGUUUUACAACAACACCUUCAUUCGGCGCAUCCAAUCCACUGGCAUUGUAUUAAAGCAGAUUCGGAUCUGAACACGGUUAACGAAUUUUUAAUUGAUUUUGAGAGCGGAUACAUCGGAUUAAAUGGUUCCGCGGCGCUCUAGCUAAACGUGGCUGGCAGAAGAACAAAUCUUUUUUUAUCACCCAACAUCAGCACAAACAAUUAAAAUUAGCAGAAACAAAUGGUCAUUAUAAACCAUCAGAACUGUUAUUAAAUGUAGACUUACAAUUUCAUCAUGAAGGAAAAUUACACCAAGCAACUAACAUACAGUUUGGAAUUAUUAAACAAAAAAAAGAAAAUUAUGAAACACCAACAGUACAGAGUCGUGCAAUUAUUAAUAUUUUCGUUCUGUCUGUUCGUUUUAUUCGUACAUAA